AUGGACUAUCUACUGCCGGAAGUUGAUCGGCAACUAGAACUCUGUGAACAGUUUCUGGUUGAGCCCAGUCCUUCGGCAGACUUGCAGGGAACAGACGGGCUUGCUACUCUUGAGAAACAGCCAGCAGAAUUCCAUGGUGCUCUCAAGGCUCUUAACCGCCAAAUUCACCACCUUCCACGUAUCGAUGAUCUAGCCAACUGCGAUACAAUUCUCGAGGAUGCCUCCCUCUUGUGGAAACUUCCUUCUUUCUGCAAGCCAACACCGUAUUUGAUCGAACCCGAAGGUCAGAUCAGUCGAGCAAAAGCCAUCCAAGCUAGCCGGGCUGCUAGAGAUCCUACAAAGACUAGUGUGGAUGAUAUCUGGACUCAUAGGGCCCUCGAAAGCUGGAUUUGUUCGAAGCAUUCCCAUGUUCUACUUGUUCAAGGGCAGUAUCUGACCAUCAAAAGGAUGCACCGGUUCGGCCUGGAAAUCACAGCUUUUCUGCAAACAAAUGUUCCAACAGUUCUUUUGCUCCAGUCAUACAUGAACCCCACGGAAAACAAGGAGUAUGCCGAACUGCAGCCCGAACAAGUUGUACGGCAACUUGCAAUCCAGGCUUUACAACAAGUCUCGACUCCAACGCCAAUAUCUUUUCUUGCCAAGGCAGUUGAGCUAUUCCAGCGGGCCAAGUCGCUCAACGACUGGCUUGAGGUCCUUCGAUUCGCCUCAUCUCAACUCACCUAUAUACACGUCGUUUUGGACCUCGGAAUUCUUAGUCAUGAUCCUAAUGCUAUCGCUCGUCUGUCGACGGCAUUGCAUGAUCUAGUGCAUGACUGCCAGCUGCAGUCGCCGUCAACUGUCCUGAAAACCAUGCUCUUAACACCUCGGCGAAUCGAGUUGUCGGAAAGCGACCUGGUCUCUCUUUUAUCUGUUGGCCCAGUCAAAAGGCUGCCUCGGCCGACGAGUCUGGCAUCAUUGAAAGCACGGUUUGCCUCGACACUCAGAGACAGGAAACUGAACCCAUAUUCGACAAGUACAUUGGCUAAGCCCUACGGCAAUACAUUUCCACCGAAAGAGGAUAACAGGCACAGGCGAGACAUUCCUGCUGUAUUGACUGGAUAUCACAAUGAACUGAUGUUUCCUCGCUCUAGUAACAGUUCCAAGCCCAUUGUUCAUGCCUGCCAACUUGGUCAAAAACUUGGCCAAAAGUCUCAAUCAAGCGACGUGGAGCAUACGGGCCUCUCACAAGCACAAACCUCAAACUCUAAUGGGGAUAAACGCACACCCACCGAUUCGGUUACUGACCAGAGCUCUCUGGCUGAAUUCGGGCGGUGUAAACUUGGGAGUGCCAACCCUAAAGAGCUUUUGACGAAAGCUCAAAGUAAAGUUGCCCCGGCAUCCGAAAUCACAUCUCCCGCAGGAGGUUACAAUCGAAACAGUAUCACAAUCGCUAUUGUGUGUGCCCUGACGUUAGAGGCAGACGCGGUACGUGCUCUCUUUGACGAACAUUGGGAUGACCAAAUUGUGGCGGACCUUGUCGCGCCCGGAGAUACCAAUUCAUACUCGAUGGGGAAGAUCGGUCGUCAUCAUGUCGUUCUCGUUCACAUGGCGGGGAUGGGCAGAAGUUAUUCGGCGACAGCGGCAGCGUACUGCAAGGCCAGCUUUCCUGGCAUUGGCGUUGCCCUGCUGGUUGGCAUCUGCGGAGGGGUGCCAACGGCGACAGCAAUCGGAAUCCCAGCCAUUGUACUCGGAGACGUUAUUAUCAGCGAGGGCGUCGUUUCUCUCGACUUUGGAAGACAAUACCCUGAUGUGUUUUUAAGAAAGGAUGGGAUGAUGGAUGUUCUGGGAAGACCGCCACCCGUUAUCAGGGCAAAUCUUGCCAAGUUACAGACCCGCCACGAUAGGAAAUCGUUGAACGAGAAGAUAUCCAAAUAUCUCAAUGCCUUGGAAGACGAAUUUGGCGAUGGGAUACUCUACCCGGGAACCACUGAGGACAAGCUUUUUGAGGGCAACUACCAGCACAAACACGACGCGUCCUUUGGUUGCUUGAUUUGUAACGACAAGACCAAGCACAACUCGGUGUGCGAGAAUGCCAGGACGUCAACUUGCGAUGAGCUCAACUGCGAUAACACUAGGUUGGUUCCUCGUGAACGUCUCAGUAAUGUUGAUACGGUCCAACCCAUUGUUCAUUUCGGCCUGGUGGCUUCUGGGGACCAGGUUAUGAAGUCAGGGGAGCACCGAGACCAAAUCGCAGCAAGAGAGGGAGUGAUAGCCUUCGAAAUGGAGGCUGCUGGGGCAUGGGAGCAUUUCUCAUGCGUCAUUAUAAAGGGGGUCUGUGACUAUGCUGACAGUCACAAGCACAAGAAGUGGCAGAACUAUGCUGCCGCCACAGCAGCCGCUUGCAUGAAGGCCUUCCUUGACAAGUGGAGCUUCCGUGCCUGA